AUGGCGCAGUUUGAAGCCGGGCUUGAUCACAAUGCGAUUCGUGCUGUUUCUGACGUUGCGGUGUGGUACUCGAUCGUGAGUCUAGUGGUCCCCGACGGCGCCAUGGGUAUAAAGAGAUCGCUCUCUGCCACCCUCGAAGAAGCAACCCAUUACUAUCAAUCUUCAGUCAUUCGAGCUCAAUCCAUACUCGGACUAAAGACGGGAUCUCCAUCAGAGAACUACCUCCAUACAAACCUCGAACUACUAUCAUCAGCCACUCUUGCUCUUAGCACCCAUUCAGCCAUCAUGCCUAGUCUUCCAUUCAACGACACACCUUCCGCUUCUCCUUCUGCUUCUCCCUCCUUGUCGCCUUCGAUAGUUCUCAGCAGUCCCGAGACGGGGAGCGCUUCAACAACAAUGGAGCUGCACAAGUCAAAAGCAAAUGCUGCUGAACAGUAUCGCAUGAACAUGGCGAAAUACUUUGCGGCUACGUUCAAUAUGUCAAUGACCGCUGCACUUGCCGAGGCGGAUGCCCAGUUGGCACCUCGCCGAGCAUCGAGUUUUUCGGAAGCGGAAUCGUUUAGGGCGAUUUAGCCUCUAUGGUUGGAUGGCGUAGGAGUUCGAUUUUACGACUUGAUGACAUUUGCAUUGGAACAUCAUGGGCAUUGGGAUGGGGUCUUCGGCGCUUACUGCUUGUCGACAUAAUCAAAAGCUUUGCUUCUUCUCGUGCUAUGC